CCUCCGCAGCCCGCAGCCUGACACACUCUCCGGGCUUCAGAUGCAGCAUGAGGCGGCAGGAGGAGCGAGGAAGCACCGACUGAUCAGAGCCUGCAGCCCGCCUCAGAGUGCUCCUAACCCGGCUGCUGCUGCUGCUGCGAGGACCCCACUGGACUCUUGGAGGGGACUUUAUUGAUCCUGCACGCGGCUGGAGCAGGCUGAGACGCCGCCCCGCACACAGCUUCACGUGCCUACAAUGUUCCACCACAGCAAUAACAAGAAAUGCUUCACCAUCGAGUCUCUGGUGGGGAAGGACGCGCUCAGCCACAGCGGCUCCGGGGACGAACCCAUCCGGCCCACGGCGCUGCGCUUCCCGGACUCCCUGCACCCCGCAGGGGUCUUUGGGUCCUGCUUCCAGGGGGGCAGCGGCAGGACUCUGUACUCCGCAGGGCCGGACAUGGUGCUCCAGGACCCCGGGACGCACGCACAGAGCCCCGGAGCGCUGCCCCUGCACCCGCUGCAGAUCCCCGCGCAGAGCUUCUUCAGCGCGCAGCACCGCGACGCGCUCAGCUUCUACCCGUGGGUGCUGCGGGGCCGGUACCUGGGACACCGCUUCCAAGACAAAUGA